GUAUUAUUUUUCAAUCUAGAAGGAAUAGCUCCCCUUACAUCGAAGCAAAGAAACCUAAACUCACAAAAACCUAAAAGCAAAACCUAGUGGACGACGGCGACAGGAGGAGAAGAGAGAAACUCAGAUCUUUUGUCAUGGCACCGAAGCAGUCGGACAAGAUCGAGAACCCUCCUCCGGCUGCCUCUUCCAGCGAAGAAGAAGAAGAAGAAGAGUCCGGCUCAUCCGGAGAAGAAGAAGAAUCCGGAUCUUCCGACGACGAAGCUGGCGACGUCCAGUCCAAGCUCACUCAGAAACCUCCUCCUCCUGCUACAAAGAAGACUCCCGAAUCCGACUCCGAAGAAGACGAAUCCGAAUCCGAUUCCGAUUCCGAACCUCCCACCAAAACCAAGCCUCUCAACACCGUCGCCUCCAGACCAAAGCCAGAGACAUCCGGAUCUGCUUCCGCGUCUCUCCCCAAGAGCUCUACUACAGCCAAACGCUCCCUAAAGCAAGCAGACGAAGAAGAGCCUAAGAAGAAGGCGAAGACAACAACAGAGAAUGUGAAGAAGAAGAAGGAUGAAGAGGUUAAGAAGAUCUCCGGAGAAGACGCGAAGAAGAUGUUCCAGAGACUGUUCAGCGAGACAGACGAAAUCGCGAUGCUUCGAGGCUUUCUCGACUUCACAUCCACCAGAGGCGACCCUUACGAGAACAUGGACGCCUUCUGCGAUUACGUCAAGAACUUGAUCGAUUUCAACGCUUCAAAAGCUCAGAUUGUCACCAAGCUACAGAGGUGUAAGAAGAAGUUCGUCAAUAUAGUCAAGAACGCGCUUAAGAAAGGAAAGACUGAGGAUAAGGUCACGUGUUCCAAGGAUCUUGACCAGAAAGCUUUCGACUUGUCGAGGAAGAUUUGGGGAGCUAGCGGUGUUCUUCCUGCCAAACCGAGGAAGAUGUCUUCGAAAGAGGAUGUGAAGUCUCCUCCUUCGCCUUCGCACACGCCUAAGAAAAUGGAGAAGCAGAAGGGGAUUGUUGUUGUGGAUGAUGCUCAGCUCUCGGAGAGUAGAGAGGUGGCGUUGUUCUUCAAGGCGGAGAAUGUGAGUGUUUUUGGUUUGGACGAGUCGACGGUGAGUGCGGUUUGGGGUAUGGUUGAGGAUGGGCCGAAGAAGAGGGAGAUGGAGGAGAAGCUGAAGAAGCUUAAGGCUAUGCAGGUGGAGCUGUGUUUGCAGAGAACUGCAUUGUUGGACACUACUGCAAAUAUGAUAUUCAAAGACAAUGCGUCGUCCUCAUAUUGAUGUAUGUACAACGAUACCUGCAACGAAAUAACAUAUAUUUGCACCUUAUCCCUCACAACCCACAAGGGGGCUGAAGAAGUCUCUGAUGCCUUAAGCUUUGGUGGAAACGUUCACACUCCCUCAACUCUUAUUCAGCUUUGACAGGGAACAUUCAGACGCCCAACUGCCUAUUGCCGAAUAUUACAAAUUUACAAGAAACAUAUUUAGAUUCAAUGUGUAAACGUAAAACUCAUGUUAAACAGUCAGCCAUUCUCUAGCGUAAACAUUGUCAAUUUAAAUUCUGCUUUACACAA